AUGGCCUCCACCUUCAACCCCCGAGAAUGCAAACUGUCCAAACAAGAAGGGCAAAACUAUGGUUUCUUUCUGCGAAUCGAGAAAGACACCGAAGGCCACCUGGUGCGGGUGGUUGAGAAGGGCAGCCCUGCCGAGAAGGCUGGCCUGCGGGAUGGAGACAGAGUGCUGCGGAUCAACGGGGCCUUUGUGGACAAGGAAGAGCAUAUGCAGGUUGUGGAUCUUGUCAGAAAGAGCGGGAAUUCAGUGACUUUACUAGUCCUGGAUGGCGAUUCGUAUGAGGACGCCAUGAAGAAAAAGGUAGAUUUGAAGGAGCUGGGUCAAAGUCAGGAGCAGCCACGUGUGAAUGAUGAGAAACCUGGUCCCGUGAUGAACGGAAGCGUGGAUACCUGGCCGCAGCCGCGUCUCUGCUACCUGGUGAAGGAGGGAAAAAGCUAUGGCUUCUCGCUGACAACUGUCCAAGGCAAAAAGGGAGUGUACAUGACAGAUAUAAUUCCUCAGGGUGUGGCUAUGAAGGCUGGUGUCCUGGCUGGAGAUCACUUGAUUGAAGUGAAUGGAGAGAAUGUAGAAGAUGCCAGCCACGAGGAGGUGGUUGAAAAGGUGAAGAAGUCAGGCAACCGGAUCAUGUUCCUUCUAGUGGACAAAGACACGGAUAAACGCCACAGUGAGCAGAAGAUACAGUUCAGGAGAGAGUCGGCCAGUUUGAAGCUGCUGCCCCAGCAGCCCCGCCUCGUGGAGAUGAAGAAGGGAAGCAAUGGCUAUGGUUUCUAUCUGAGGGCAAGUUCAGAACAGCAAGGUCAGAUCAUCAAGGACAUAGACUCUGGAAGUCCAGCAGAGGCAGCUGGCCUGAAGAGCAACGAUCUGGUAAUUGCGGUCAAUGGCACAUCUGUGGAAUCCCUCGAUCAUGACAGUGUGGUGGAAAUGAUUAAAAAGGGUGGAGACCAGACUUCCCUGCUGGUGGUUGACAAAGAGACGGACAGUCUAUAUAAGCUGGCUCGUUUUUCCCCAUUUUUCUACUACCAAAGUCAAGAACUGCCUAAUGGUUCUGUCAAGGAGGCUGCGGGUCCCACUCCUGUUCCUCUGGAGGUCCCAAGUGCAGAUCCUACAGAGGAAGCAGAGGAUCAUAAGCCUAAACUCUGCAGGCUGGAGAAAGGUGCAAACGGCUAUGGCUUUCACUUAAAUGCGAUUCAAGGUCGGCCGGGCUCAUUCGUCAAAGAGGUACAGAAGGGGAGCCCUGCUGACCUGGCUGGGCUGGAGGAUGAGGAUGUCAUCAUUGAAGUGGAUGGUGUAAAUGUGCUUGACGAACCCUAUGAGAAGGUGGUGGACAGAAUCCAGAGCAGUGGGGAAAACGUCACACUCUUAGUCUGCGGAAAGCAAGCCUAUGAGUAUUUCCAAGCUAAGAAAAUCCCCAUUGUGUCCUCCAUGGCUCUUCCACCAGCUAUCCCCCCAGGUGCCAAAGAAACACCUGUGGGAUCAGAGAACGAUUCGCACAUGGCAAGAGAACGAGCACACAGUACAGCCUCGAAUUCUUCUGCCAGUUCUGAAGAUACCGAGCUGUAAUGAGAAUGCAUUAUGGCUUUGGCUGAAAGCUGUUUCUGGAUAUUUAAUACAAAUUCUUGAAGGAAUGAGCUGCCAUUUGUUUACUGUCCGAGAAGAACUCCUUUGGAAACCAUUCAUCAUGUCUUCUGCUGUCAUCCUUCUGAGGGCCACUACUGCAGAUGGCUUCUUUAUGGGUGACUUAGGAAGAACUAUGGCAGGAGCCGGAUUCUUCUCAUGUGAUCUCUUCCAAGCUUCAACUUGACCUCUUUCCUUUGUAUGGUAUCUCCUACCCUGACAAGUUCCCUGAGCACCAAAGAUGAUUUGCAAAUCUGUGUAUGUGAUUUAAAGUAUCUAAGUAGAUAAGCCUGUUAAA